AUGGACCACAACAUGGCGCUCCAGAAUCAGACUCCGCCUCUCCUCCUCACAAAGCGCCUGGCUGCCUUUCUCGCCGCCAACCAGACACCCCAGCUGCCUACCCUUCUUCUCACCACCUACCACGGGAAGCUUCUCGCACACGCCAGUCCUCAUCCCGUCUCGGUGCUGCGGACCCACGCUACUGUCGCCGCCUCCCUUCUCGCCAUCCACACCUCUUCCUCGGUCGACGUCGCCUCCGCCCUGCCUGGCUCCAGGUCGCCCGAUCCCAUUUCCAGCUCGCCCGUGCUGGGGCCCGACGACGCAGACCAUCUCGAUGCGGCAGCGUCCAAGAAUGCGGCGAGGCCGCGACGGCUCGCGCAGUCGGUGAAACCCGUCACCAUCACAGUCCAGCUGAGCGGCGGGACCGUCAUUAUCCGCCGCCUGAAAUGCGGUCUGCUGUUUGUCUCCAUCGGCCCCUCGGCGCAGGAUUCGCAGCCCGACGCCCAUGCGCACGAAAACGGCCAAGGGGCCACAGGCAGUCCAAGCGAGGUGGAAAGCUUGGUCAGCGCUGGCGGCCGGACAGCUUCCAGCCUGGACAGCGUUGGCGCAGCCUCGGUUGUCGCCAUGAGGAGGCACGCUGGAGACCUGGCUCAAUGGCUGGACGAUAAGCUCGGUUCUUUGAGGGUUCCCGAGGAAGGCGUGGGAUCGAGUGAAUAG